CCCCAGCUGAGAGUGCCAACCUCAGCGCAGACUGUCGGACGCCAGGGCAGGCUCCCCAACCCCCAGCCUGGGGGUGUUCCCUGGAAUUCGGUUCCCCAGCCAGGACCAGGCAUGCACACCCGGCUCACGGGCCAGUCUCACCACGGACGGCCCCCAUGGGUGCUCCAGCCAAACUGAGCCCCGGACAGACUGGAUGGAACGAGAUUGGGCAUCAACCCAAAGUCACAUGGUUCUCCAGGCACUGAGCCUGCUGACGGGACACUCCAGAGCUCGCCUGUGAACUAACCGCGGGUGUGUCAGCUCGGAGAAGGGAACAGCCAGCGAGAGGUUAGCGCAGUGAACCACGGAGCAGGUGCUUCUCCUUCGGCAUUGGGGAAGGGGCCUCCACAGCUCUGGUCAAAGGCAUCGCCCGGGCAGCAGGGGGCAGCGCCGAGUUCAUCACGGGCCAGGACCGCAUGCAGCCCAAGGCGCUGCAGUCUCUGAAGCGGGCCCUGCAGCCGGCCGUGACUGGGAUCUCGCUGAGCUGGGAUCUGCCCCCCGGGAUGGAGGCGGCGCUGCUGGGCCGGGGCCCUGAGGUGAUCUUCCCUGGGCAGCGGUGCCUCAUCUACGCCCAGCUCCGCGGGCAGCCCCAGCCCCCAGACACUGCCGUGGGGGGCGUCACCCUGCAGUACCGCAUCCAGGACCAGACCUACAAGGAGACGCUGCAGUUCCCCCUGCAGCCACAGGAUGGAGACAGGCUGCCCGUUCACCGGCUGGCAGCCAAGUCGCUGCUGCUGGAGCUGGAGGGGGCCGUGGACACCGGGUCGGAGGGGGACCGGAGCCGGGCGCUGGAGACCAGCCUGAGCUCGGGGGUCGUCUGCUCCCUCACGGCCUACGUGGGGGUGGACACAGAGCGGGGGCAGCCGGUGCAGGGGCCGCUGGUGAGACGGGACAUCCCGCUGGCAGCCUUCGGGGCCGCACCCCGCAUGCGGAGAUUUCUGUGUUCCUCCGUGGGCCAUUCCCCCCCUGUGCUCAGGGCCCAGGCCCAAGGGCUUUCCCUUGUGUCCGUGGACUGCGCCAGGGCCUGCAACUUUGACAACAGCUUGGAUGUGCAAGUUCAGAGCCACCGCCCCUCCGUCCCCUUCCAGGACACUCACCCCCAGGGCUUCCCACGGGAAGUACAGCUUAUGUCCCCCUCCUGUGCCGCUCGUCCUGGCUCCCGCACCAUCUCAGAGCACAUGGUCAGGAAGUUCCGCGCACACAACGCCCCGCCAGAGACCGCGUCCAAGGAAGGUGAGGGGGGCAGGGGCUGGGAGUCAGGACUCAGAGAUGGGGGGAAACACCAGGAUGACGCUUCAUCGGGUCAGAGACAGACGUGCCCUGACGGUCCCAGAGCCGGGCAAGUGUUUAACAGCCACAUAGAAAGUGCAGGAACUUCCUGGGCAAAACAGCAGUGUGAUGCUGGGGGAGGGGGAAUCCGCAGCUGGUUGUUUUUUAAGUGUCAGGACGUAAAUGAUCUUGCAAGAAAAUGAAAAAAAAAUAAGGAA